GGAGCAGUCCAGACACACCAACGUGAGCACACAGCUCCACUGACCAGAACUCUGAGAUUGACACAACCCGCACACCAUGUCUCAGCCCGUUGAGGUGAAGAAGAAGAAGCGUCCUGUGAUGAAGGAGGAGGACUUGAAAGGAGCCCGCAGCAAACUGGGGCUAAAGGGCGAGCCCAAGAGUAAGACUUAUGAGGUCAUGGUAGAGUGUGAGCGUAUGGGAAAGGUGGCUCCCUCAGUGUUCAGUGGGGUGAAGUCUGGAGGAGAGACGGUACUGGAGAAGCCUAAAGCCCCAGGAGCCAGCAUCUUUGGCAAGUAGAGCCGUCCAGUGUGGAGUGUUGGCUAUCAUCACUGCGCUAGAGUCUAGAGGAGAGACGGGACAGACGCAUCAAUGGACAAAUGGCAAUGAAGAAGCCAAACCUUGCUGUUAUUGAAUGGUUUGAUACCUGUUUUUCCAUUUUCAGCACGGAAAUAGGCCCAUCUCAUUUUGAGCAGGUUGUUCAUAGUAGGGUUUGUUCAUACUGUAUGAUGACUGUUUAUGAUUGAGAAUUUCAAGGGCAAUUCCAGUGUUAUGGAUGUGACAUUUGCACACAAAAUGAGAAACAAAAUGUCUCACAGAAUUGACUUAUCAGGUAGAAAUUAAAGUGUUAUCAUGAUUGCGUUAUGC